AUGGCGAUUUUCAAAACUAGCCAAGACGGGCGGCGGCAUGGCACGCCUCCAAGUCACCCCGGCAAGGCUGGCUUGUGGUUGGGGGCUUCAGUCUGGACCAAGCAAACCGGGAUCUUCGUCAGCAAUGCAAUAUCGCAGUUCGAAACAGGGAUCAGACAACGUGGCUGUGGAAUACGGGGAUCGUAUUGGGUGUCGUGUUGCAUCUUGGAUGGAUUUGCUUCAGCUGGAAAGGAAAGUCUAUACACACAGUUGGAUGGCUGGGCAAGUUUGGGGGCCACGAUGUUUGAUGGGCAAUUAGAGUGGUUGGUGCUUCAGCUGGGAAUGAUGCCAUGA